AGCUAAGACAACUAGGUCCCCGAAUAGAAGACUAGAUUCAGGAAUCGGCAGGCUUCAUGUGAAAUCAAUUUAAGGGUAUUUACUAGAAUUCACUCAAAAUUUAUUCUGAUUUAUCAAGAUGAUGCAACAGAAUUUUUAUUUUCUUGGCUAAAUUAAACUUUCUUGGAUUUUUAAGAAAAACAGAGCAGAUUAUUGCUGUGCCAUUUUAACAGAGAAAAAAGUAUUUAUCACAAUUAUAUGAUUGGGGACAAACUUGAUUUUUCUUUUCCCAAAGUCACCAAAUCUUAUAUCAACAAUCUUUCUAAUUUUCUAGCAUUUGUAUAAUUUGGGAGGGAGAAAAAGACAUUUUUUAUGGUUUUUACAGGAGGUUUGUCUCAUAACUCUAACAUCUGAUAAUGGUUGUCAUUAGAACUUAUAUUUUCCUGAUGGAAACACCAUCUGUUUUGCUAGACACGUUUUAGAGUUAAUAUUUCCAUUAUUGAAUGAAACUGAGAAAAGAGGAAUCUUAGUGAAGAUGAGGCGAUUGGCCUUCUUAUCAGCUCUGCCUAAAGAAGUUGCUUCCAAGAUCCGGUACUUGCAGGAAUAUCAUAACCGUGUUCUCCACAACAUUUAUCCUGUACCUUCAGGCACAGACAUUGCAAACACCCUGAAAUACUUUUCUCAGACCUUACUAAGCAUUUUGUCCCGCACAGGGAAGAAGGAAAACCAAGAUGCCUCCAAUUUGACAGUGCCCAUGACCAUGUGUCUUUUUCCUGUGCCAUUCCCACUCACCCCAUCUCUAAGACCACAGGUCAGUUCCAUCAACCCUACUGUUACUCGCUCCCUCCUUUACAGCGUCCUGCGAGAUGCUCCAUCUGAACGUGGCCAGCAAAGUCGGGAUGCUCAGUUAUCAGACUACCCUUCAUUGGACUAUCAAGGACUUUACGUGACUUUGGUGACUCUGUUGGAUCUAGUUCCCUUACUUCAACAUGGCCAACAUGAUCUUGGACAGUCAAUAUUUUACACAACUACCUGCUUGCUGCCUUUUCUCAAUGAUGAAAUCCUGAGCACUUUGCCCUAUACAAUGAUAUCAACAUUAGCUACUUUCCCUCCAUUUCUGCAUAAAGAUAUUAUUGAAUAUCUCAGCACAUCAUUUCUACCUAUGGCUAUAUUGGGAUCAUCAAGGAGAGAAAGUGUUCCUGCUCAUGUUAAUCUCUCUGCAUCCUCUAUGUUAAUGAUCGCAAUGCAGUACACCUCAAACCCUGUGUAUCACUGUCAAUUACUGGAAUGCCUCAUGAAAUAUAAGCAAGAAGUCUGGAAAGACUUGCUAUAUGUAAUAGCCUAUGGACCUUCUCAAGUAAAACCUCCAGCUGUACAAAUGUUGUUCCACUAUUGGCCCAAUUUAAAACCUCCUGGGGCAAUAAGCGAAUACAGAGGCCUGCAGUACACAGCUUGGAAUCCCAUCCAUUGCCAGCAUAUUGAAUGCCAUAAUGCAAUUAACAAACCAGCUGUGAAGAUGUGUAUAGAUCCUUCCCUGUCGGUGGCUUUAGGUGAUAAACCACCCCCGUUGUACCUCUGUGAAGAAUGCAGCCAAAGAAUUGCAGGGGAUCAUAGCGAAUGGCUGAUAGAUGUUCUUCUACCACAAGCUGAGAUUUCUGCUAUAUGUCAGAAGAAGAACUGUAGUUCGCAUGUCAGAAGAGCAGUUGUCACCUGCUUUUCUGCGGGCUGCUGUGGUCGCCAUGGAAAUAGGCCAGUCCGCUAUUGCAAAAGAUGCCACUCGAACCAUCACAGUAGUGAAGUUGGUGCAGCAGCGGAGACCCACUUGUAUCAGACGUCCCCUCCACCGAUCAACACUCGGGAAUGCGGUGCUGAGGAACUUGUUUGCACUGUGGAGGCGGUGAUCAGUUUGCUGAAAGAAGCUGAGUUUCAUGCCGAGCAGAGAGAGUAUGAACUGAAUCGUCGGAGGCAAAUGGGCCUCUCCUCUUCCCAUCACUCCCUCGAUAACACUGACUUUGACAAUAAAGAUGAUGAUAAACAUGACCAGCGUCUGCUCAGCCAGUUUGGAAUUUGGUUCUUAGUGAGUCUUUGUACUCCCAGUGAGAACACUCCGACUGAGAGUUUAGCCAGGCUGGUCAGCAUGGUCUUCCAGUGGUUUCACUCGACAGCAUAUAUGAUGGAUGAUGAAGUUGGAAGCUUAGUGGAAAAGCUGAAGCCUCAGUUUGUCACCAAGUGGUUAAAGACAGUAUGUGAUGUCCGCUUUGAUGUUAUGGUCAUGUGCCUGCUCCCUAAACCUAUGGAGUUUGCCAGGGUUGGUGGAUAUUGGGAUAAAUCCUGCAGCACAGUGACACAGUUAAAGGAAGGUCUGAACCGGAUUCUCUGCCUGAUUCCAUAUAAUGUGAUCAACCAGCCUAUAUGGGAAUGUAUCAUGCCGGAGUGGCUGGAAGCUAUCAGAACAGAAGUGCCAGAUAACCAGCUGAAAGAAUUCAGGGAAGUAUUAAGCAAAAUGUUUGAUAUUGAGCUUUGCCCUCUACCUUUUUCCCUGGAAGAGAUGUUUGGUUUCAUUAGUUGUCGGUUCACAGGAUAUCCUUCUUCUGUGCAGGAGCAAGCUUUACUGUGGCUUCAUGUUUUAUCUGAAUUAGACAUUGUGGUUCCUCUUCAGCUACUCAUAAGCAUGUUUUCUGAUGGAGUUAAUUCAGUCAAAGAGCUAGCAAAUCAAAGGAAAUCAAGAGUGAAUGAACUGGCAGGGAAUCUCGCAGCUCGAAGGGUGAGUGUCGCUUCUGAUCCUGGGCGCAGAGUUCAGCACAAUACUUUGAGCCCAUUUCCCAGCCCUUUUCAGAGCCCAUUUUGCAGUCCCAUUCGCAGUCCAUUUCGUAGUCCUUUCAAGAACUUUGGGCAUCCUGGAGGAAGAACUAUUGACUUUGAUUGUGAAGAUGAUGAGAUGAAUCUGAACUGUUUCAUACUCAUGUUUGACCUCAUCCUGAAGCAGAUGGAGUUACAGGAUGAUGGUAUCACUAUGGGUUUAGAUAACAGCCUGUCCAAGGACAUUAUUUCCAUUAUAAACAACGUUUUUCAAGCUCCCUGGGGUGGCUCUCACACCUGCCAGAAAGAUGAAAAAGCAGUUGAAUGCAACCUCUGUCAGUCUAGCAUUCUCUGUUACCAGCUGGCUUGCGAAUUGCUUGAACGACUGGCUCCAAAAGAAGAAAGCCGCCUGGUGGAGCCCACAGACAAUCUUGAAGAUAGUCUACUAUAUUCCAGGCCUGAGUUUAUUAUAGGAACUGAAGGAGAAGAGGAAGAGAAUUCUGCAGCCAAACAUGGAGAAAAUCCUGGAAAUCACACUGAGCCUGUAGAUAAUGCUGCAAUAAAAAAUGAUACUGAAAGGAAAUUUUGCUAUCAGCAACUUCCAGUGACUUUGAGGCUAAUAUAUACCAUUUUUCAGGAAAUGGCUAAGUUUGAAGAGCCAGACAUUCUCUUCAACAUGCUCAACUGUCUAAAGAUUCUCUGUCUCCACGGAGAGUGCUUGUACAUCGCUAGGAAAGAUCAUCCACAGUUUUUAGCCUAUAUUCAAGAUCAUAUGUUGAUUGCAAGUUUAUGGCGAGUAGUUAAAUCUGAAUUCUCCCAGCUUUCUUCUCUGGCUGUUCCCCUUCUUCUCCAUGCUUUAUCACUUCCUCAUGGUGCUGAUAUCUUCUGGACUAUCAUAAAUGGCAACUUCAAUAGCAAAGACUGGAAAAUGAGGUUUGAAGCAGUAGAAAAAGUGGCAGUAAUAUGCAGAUUUCUGGAUAUUCACUCUGUGACUAAAAAUCACCUGCUGAAGUAUUCUCUGGCCCAUGCAUUCUGCUGCUUCCUGACUGCUGUUGAGGAUGUCAAUCCCGCUGUGGCUACAAGGGCUGGACUCUUGCUUGACACAAUAAAGCGGCCAGCAUUACAGGGGUUGUGUCUUUGUCUUGACUUUCAGUUUGAUACUGUUGUUAAGGAUAGACCCACAAUCCUUAGCAAGCUUUUGCUUCUUCAUUUUCUAAAGCAAGAUAUACCUGCUUUGAGCUGGGAAUUCUUUGUCAAUAGAUUUGAAACACUCUCUCUGGAGGCUCAGCUUCAUUUGGAUUGCAAUAAAGAGUUCCCUUUUCCAACAACUAUCACUGCCGUAAGGACCAAUGUUGCUAACCUCAGUGAUGCAGCAUUGUGGAAGAUCAAGAGGGCUCGCUUUGCAAGGAACCGCCAGAAAAGUGUGCGCUCCCUGAGAGACAGCGUGAAAGGACCCAUGGAAUCGAAGAGGGCACUGUCCCUUCCUGAAACCUUAACCUCCAAAAUUCCUAUGAGGUUGACCAGGCAAGAGCAGUCUGCUCCAACUCUCGGUGGAACACCAGAACAGACGCCAGGGCAACAGUCCCCUGAGAACGAUAACACUAUAAAAGACCUCCUCCCAGAGGAUGCUGGGAUUGAUCAUCAGACUGUCCACCAGCUAAUUACAGUACUAAUGAAGUUUAUGGCUAAGGAUGAGAGUAGUGCUGAGUCAGACAUCAGCAGCGCUAAAGCCUUCAACACCGUCAAGCGCCAUUUAUAUGUUUUACUUGGCUACGAUCAACAAGAAGGAUGUUUUAUGAUUGCACCUCAAAAAAUGCGUCUGUCAACUUGCUUUAAUGCAUUUAUUGCUGGAAUAGCACAAGUGAUGGACUAUAACAUCAAUCUUGGAAAACAUCUUCUCCCCUUAGUGGUUCAGGUGUUGAAGUAUUGCUCUUGCCCUCAACUCCGACAUUAUUUCCAGCAGCCUCCCCGGUGCUCUCUUUGGUCCUUGAAACCUCAUAUUCGGCAGAUGUGGUUGAAGGCUUUGCUUGUCAUUCUUUACAAGUAUCCCUACCGAGAAUGUGAUAUCAGCAAGGUUAUGCUGAAUCUGAUCCAGAUUACAGUCAAUACGCUGAAUGCCCAAUAUCACAGCUGCAAGCCUCAUGCCACCGCAGGACCUUUGUACAGUGACAACAGUAACAUAAGCAGAUACAGUGAAAAAGAAAAAGAGGAAGAUAGUGUUUUUGAUGAAUCUGAUAUUCAUGAUACACCUACUGGACCCUGCAAUAAAGAGUCUCAAACUUUUUUUGCAAGAUUGAAAAGGAUAGGCGGCAGCAAAAUGGUGAAAUAUCAACCGGUUGAGAUGAAUGCCCAGAGAAGUGAAAUAGAGCUGGCUGAAUAUAGAGAAACGGGGGCAUUGCAAGACAGCAUUCUACGCUGUGUGAGAGAAGAAAGCAUUCAGAAAAAAAAGCUGCGCUCUUUAAAACAAAAAUCUCUUGAUAUAGGGAAUGCAGACUCCCUGUUGUUUACAUUAGAUGAACAUCGUAGGAAGUCGUGCAUAGACCGCUGUGACCUAGAUAAACCACCUACUCACGCCGCUUACAUCACACAUAGACAAAGUGACUAUGGACGGCCUAGACAGAAUUCUGCCACCAGAAAUGAAAAUCCCGAAAUCCCUGAAAACCCAGCCAUAGAAAGUUUACAAGAAGCCAGAAGACCUGUCAUUCCUGAAGUUAGACUGAAUUGCAUGGAGACCUUUGAAGUAAAAGUUGAAUCUCCGGUAAAACCUGCCCUUUCUAAAGAGGAUUUAGAUCUCAUAGAUCUAUCUUCUGAUUCAACAUCAGGCCAUGAAAAGCAUUCUAUUCUCUCUACAUCAGACAGUGACUCUCUGGUCUUUGAGCCUCUUCCACCACUCCGAAUAGUGGAGAGCGAUGAAGAGGAGGAAUUCGCGACCCAAGGAGAGGAUAGGGUGUCCCGAAAAAAUGGCGCCUCGACUCCUGUCCGUCCCUCUGUGCUCAGUUUAAGUACAACCCCUCUCGUGCAAGUAAGCAUUGAGGAUUGCUCUAAAGACUUUACCUCGAAAGAUGCAAGCAAUCAUCUGCCAUCGGGAAAAAGAGAAAUCCCUCCAACCAUUCCUGAAGAUCAAAAAGGUUCUGAAGAAUUGUCAAAGUCAGGGGACUUACCAGAAUUUCCUGUUGGGAGCCCACUAACUCUCAAGCAAAAGCGUGACCUCCUACAGAAGUCAUUUGCACUUCCUGAACUGUCUCUUGAUGAUAGCUAUGAACUUUGCCCAGAGGAAAUGAAGUCCAGUGGGUCGGUUCCGAGUUCAAGUGGAAAAACUGUUCUUCUUAAGGUUCCCGAAGAUGCUGAGAAUCAGACUGAGAGCGAUAAAUCGGACACCAAUGCAGAAUCUGAUUCAGAACAAAAUGCAGAGCAGAAGCCAGAAGAUGAAGGAGCAGAAGAAUUCAAGAUUCAGAUUGUCCCUAGGCAAAGGAAACAGAGAAAGAUCGCUGUCAGUGCUAUCCAGAGGGAGUACCUUGACAUUUCCUUCAACAUUCUAGACAAAUUGGGAGAACAGAAAGAUCCAGAUCCUUCUGCUAAAGGACUUUCAACUUUGGAAAUGCCAAGAGAAUCUUCUUCUGCUCCAACAUUAGAAGCAGGUGUGCCCGAGACUAGUAGCCAUUCUUCUAUAUCAACUCAGUAUAAGCAGAUGAAAAGGGGAUCAUUGGGAGCUCUGACCAUGAGCCAGUUAAUGAAGAGGCAACUGGAACAUCAGUCCAGUGCCCCUCACAACAUCAGCAACUGGGACACUGAACAGAUACAGCAUGGGAAACGUCAGUGUAAUGUGCCAAUAUGUCUAAAUCCUGAGCUGGAGGGACCACCACUAAGGAUGAGAGGUGCCACAAAAUCCAGCCUACUGUCUGCACCCAGCAUCGUCAGUAUGUUUGUGCCCGCCCCCGAGGAUUUCGCCGAUGAACAGCCAACUAUGAUGACUGACAAGUGCCAUGAUUGCGGUGCCAUUCUUGAAGAGUAUGAUGAAGAAACUCUUGGACUGGCCAUUGUCGUCCUCUCAACAUUCAUCCAUCUGAGUCCAGAUUUAGCGGCCCCUUUAUUGUUGGACAUCAUGCAAUCAGUGGGAAGGUUGGCAUCCUGUACCAGUUUUUCUAAUCAAGCAGAAAGCAUGAUGAUCCCUGGCAAUGCGGCGGGGGUAGCCAAACAAUUCCUGCGUUGCAUCUUCCAUCAGCUAGCCCCCAAUGGGAUCUUCCCCCAGCUGUUCCAGAGCAAUAUAAAAGAUGGGAGUUUUUUACGGACCUUAGCUACAUCUCUAAUGGACUUCAGUGAGUUGAGCUCCAUAGCUGCCCUGAGCCAGCUGUUAGAGGGUUUAAAUAAUAAGAAGAACUUGCCGGCAGGGGGUGCUAUGUUACGUUGUUUGGAAAACAUUGCUACUUUUAUGGAAGCUUUGCCUAUGGAUUCGCCUAGUAAUCUCUGGACCACAAUCAGUAACCAGUUUCAGACUUUCUUUACCAAACUGCCUUGUGUUUUACCUCUUAAGUGUUCUUUAGAUUCCAGUUUGAGAAUAAUGAUCUGCCUUCUGAAGAUACCUACGACCAGUGCCACAAGGAGUCUGUUGGAGCCAUUUUCGAAACUACUCAGCUUUGUGAUUCAGAAUGCAGUGUUCACUCUUGCCUACCUGGUGGAGCUGUGUGGUUUAUGUUACAGAGCUUUCACUAAGGAACGGGAUAAAUUUUACUUGUCACGCAGUGUUAUUUUAGAACUACUGCAGGCCUUGAAGUUAAAGUCUCCCUUACCAGAUACAAACCUACUUCUGUUGGUACAGUUUGUUUGUGCAGAUGCUGGAACCAAACUUGCUGAGUCAACAAUCCUGCACAAGCAGAUGAUUGCCUCCAUGCCUGGUUGCGGAACAGCAGCAAUGGAAUGCAUGAGGCAGUAUGUUACUGAAGUGUUGGAUUUCAUUGCGGAUAUGCAUACACUAACCAAAUUAAAGAGUCACAUGAAGACAUGUUCCCAGCCUUUGCAUGAAGAUACAUUUGGUGGGCAUCUCAAAGUUGGUUUGGCUCAGAUUGCUGCAAUGGAAAUCACCCGAGGAAACCACAGAGACAAUAAAGCUGUGAUCAGAUACCUGCCUUGGCUAUACCAUCCUCCCUCUGCAAUGCAACAAGGACCUAAAGAAUUCAUCGAGUGCGUAUCUCAUAUCCGUCUCCUGUCAUGGCUUCUUCUGGGCUCACUUACUCACAAUGUUGUGUGCCUGAAUUCCCCUUCUUCUUGCAUGCCAAUUCCUUUGGAUGCAGGCUCCCACAUUGCAGAUCAUCUUAUUGUUAUCCUGAUUGGAUUUCCAGAGCAAUCAAAGACUUCGGUGCUACACAUGUGUUCCCUCUUCCAUGCAUUCAUCUUUGCUCAGCUCUGGACAGUGUACUGUGAACAAACUGCAGUAGCCCCGACCCUUCAAAAUCAGAAUGAGUUUAGCUUUACAGCAAUUCUUACUGCAUUGGAGUUUUGGAGUCGGGUAACACCCAGUAUCCUUCAGCUUAUGGCGCAUAAUAAAGUGAUGGUAGAAAUGGUGUGUCUUCACGUGAUUAGUUUAAUGGAGGCAUUGCAAGAAUGCAAUUCAACCAUUUUUGUCAAGCUAAUACCUAUGUGGUUGCCAAUGAUUCAGUCAAAUCUAAAGCAUCUCUCGGCCGGCCUCCAACUGCGCCUCCAGGCCAUUCAGAACAACGUCAACCACCACAGCCUGCGGAUGGUGCAGGGCUCGGGACCAGUGAACAACAGCUCCUCCGCUCUCCGCAAGUGGCUGCAGUGUACUCAGUUCAAAAUGGCUCAGGUGGAGAUCCAGUCCUCGGAAGCUGCCUCCCAGUUCUAUCCUCUAUGAAUGGCACUGAUGGAUUUCCACGGCAACUCUCCGGCUUAGCAAUAACGGGGUGGGAAAAUAGAAGACGAAAGCAGGUUUGGGAAUCAAUGACUUAGCCCCAUCCAAACCCUUUAAAAUUGAGCGAAGUAGGGUCAAGGCUCACAGGGGCCCAAUUGAAGUUUUCCUGCCCCCCGCAUUUCUGAUGGCUCCUUGGAAUAGACCGCUGAUUGUUUCCUGACCUUAUUUUUGAGAGAGAGAAAAAAUCACUUUUCUUUGACUUCUAUUUUUUUUAACUAGACUUGUGGGUACACUAGAGACAGUUGUAAAAGUCCCAUUGUUGCUAUUUUUGAUGAUGAUAGAGAAUAAAUAGGGUUUUGGAAACCUUCGUAGGGGUUUUUCUUAAAAAUCACUCUUGGCAAUGCAAUAAAACCUGUCACCACCAGAAGUGACACUGUAAUGAAGCUUUUUGUCAUUAUUUGGGGAAAAGUGGCAGCUUGCAAGGAGCAUUAUAAAGUGCACUUAGAAAUGAGGUGGUUAAACUGUGCCAAUUUUCUUUUUUAUAAUAUAAUUUUCAAAACUGUUGAGUAAGGUUUAUUAUUUUUGAAACUAGUUUUUCAGUUCAUCCGUUCUAUGCUGUACUUUCUUGUAAGCUUAAUGAUAACCACUUCAGUUUUGGGAAUAAUAAAUUUUAUUCUUUUGUUAAUCCAAUUGUAUACAAUUCGAUUGAAAAAAUGUAGAUUGCAUAAUGGACUCAUACAUUAUAGCCUGUGCAUAUAAGAUUGGUUAUGAAAAUAUGUUUCAUAAAACUGAAUUUUAAUAGUGUGCAGAACACCAGAAUUUAUCACCAUUUGUAAUUAACAUUUGACUCUGUGCAUUCACAACUGAUAUUUCUUUUCUUUAAUGCUGUAAUGCACUGAACAAAAAAAAAAGAGUUGAUGCCCACUUAAGCUGUAUAUAAAGAUACUAUUAAAAGCAUAUUCUUUAUUAUCAUUA